AUGGAAACCACAAGGCUAUCCUUGCUCUCUCUUCUUCCGUUCCUUCUCCUCGCGAUCGCUGCCGAGGCAACCGGCGGCGAGCUCAGCACGUUCAUCGUCCACGUGCAAGCAGAGGAAAACCACGUGUUUGGCACCGCGGACGACCGGAAGGCGUGGUACCACUCGUUCCUCCCGGAACAUGGCCGGCUCGUGCACGCGUACCAUCACGUCGCCAGCGGGUUCGCGGCCCGGCUGACUCGGCGGGAGCUGGAGGCGGUGUCCGCCAUGCCCGGGUUCCUCAGCGCGACCCGCGCCCGGACGUACACCACGCUCACGACGCACACGCCCGAGUUCCUGGGGCUGAACCUGGAGGAGCAGGGGCGGCGGAACUACACGUCGGAGUUCGGCGCCGGGGUCAUCGUCGCCGUGAUCGACACCGGCAUCUUCCCGGACCACCCGUCCUUCAGCGACGACGGCAUGCCGCCGCCGCCGGCCAAGUGGAAGGGGCGCUGCGACUUCAGCGGCACCUCGUGCAACAAUAAGCUCAUCGGCGCGCGCAACAUGGUCGCCGCCCUCAACGGCCCGAACGGCACUUCCGCGCGGGUCCCGCCGGUCGAUGAGUUUGGGCACGGGACUCACACGGCAAGCACCGCCGCUGGGGCGGUCGUGCCGGGCGCUAAUGUGCUCGGCCACGCAUGGGGCACCGCCGCCGGGAUGGCGGUCCGCGCGCACAUCGCCAUAUACAAGGUGUGCUACGGAAAAGUUGUAGUAGACUGCGAGGAUGCCGACAUACUGGCUGGCAUUGACGCCGCCGUGGGCGACUGCUGUGACGUCAUCUCCAUGUCUCUCGGCGGGCCGUCGGUGCCCUUUCACCUAAACCCUAUGGCCAUCGGGACGUUCGGUGCCAUGGAGAAGGGCAUUUUUGUGAGCAUGGCUGCUGGCAACUCCGGCCCGGGAGAGAGCACCGUGAUAAACGAGGCUCCAUGGAUGCUCACCGUGGCCGCGAGUACCAUGGACCGCUCGAUUCGUUCGACCGUGCAGCUGGGGAACGGCGCGUAUUUCCACGGCGAGUCGCUAUACCAGCCAAACGUUGGCUUCUGCCCGUUGGUCUACGCGGGCGCGAGUGGGAAGCCAUUCGCCGAGUUCUGCGGAAACGGCAGUCUGGACGGCUUCGACGUCAAGGGCAAGAUAGUGCUGUGUGAACUCACGAAAAACAUCUCGGUGAUCAACCAAGGUGAGGUAGUGGAGAGUGCCGGCGGCGUCGCCAUGAUCUUGGCGAGCCCGUUUUUCCGAGGGUACGACAAGUUAGCCCAGGCGAACAUCCUCCCGGCGUCGAGCGUCGACUACCUCGUGGCCGCAGCCAUCAAAUCCUACCUCAACUCCACGGCGAACCCGGUUGCGCGUAUGGGCUUCAGGGGUACAUUACUCGGCACGUCACCUGCUCCGUCGAUCAUCUUCUUCUCGUCUCGCGGGCCUAGCCGUCAGGGCACUGGCGUUCUGAAGCCCGACAUCACGGGGCCCGGAAUGAACGUGCUCGCGGCAUGGCCUUUUCAGGUUGGCCCACCGUCGGCGCCGGUUCUCCCUGGGCCGACCUUCAACAUCAUCUCCGGCACGUCCAUGUCCACACCGCACCUUGCCGGCAUCGCCGCUUUAAUCAAGAGCAAGCACCCGGACUGGUCACCGGCGGCGAUAAAGUCGGCAAUGAUGACGACGGCCGACAUCACCGACCGCUCCGGCAAUCCCAUACUCAACGAGCAGCGCGUGGCGGCCAACCUCUUCGCCACCGGCGCCGGACACGUCAACCCAAUGAAGGCCGCUGACCCUGGCCUAGUCUACGACAUCACCCCCGAGGAUUACAUCGGCUACCUCUGUAGCAUGUACACGAGCCAGCAGGUCUCGGUGAUCACACGCCGGCCAAUCGACUGCUUGACCACCGUCGUGAUCAGCGACCGCCUGCUGAAUUACCCUUCGAUCUCGGUCGCUUUCCCAGCUUCCUGGAAUUCGACUGCGCCCGUCGUCGUCAAGCGCAAGGUGAAAAACGUCGGGGAGGUGCCUUCGGUGUACUACGCGGCGAUCGACAUGCCGAGCAGCACCGUAAGCGUGGACGUAUUUCCGAGGGACCUGGAAUUCAUCAAGCCAAACCAGGAACUGACUUUCUCGGUAUACGUGUGGCCGAGGCAGAGUGCUGCGAGGGUGCUACAGGGUGCGCUGCGGUGGGUGUCCGAAAAGCACACUGUACGGAGCCCAAUAUCCAUCACCUUUGCCUGA